GGUCGGAGCGGAGAUCAUCACCAAUCGAUGUGUACAGGAAUCAAAUUCCGAGUCAGAAGACAAUGGGGUCUCAUAAAAAGGGGACUUUUAGCUUCGAUGAGUUUAGGCUAUCACCGCCGAUGUCGAGUUCGCCUACUCCUUCGCCGCCUGCUUACGGAAGCAGUGCAAAUUCUCUGCAGUCGAGGUUGAGGUUGGAGACCUCGCCAGUUAGUAUACCUGCAGGGAUGCAGGGGAAGACCCAGUUGCAUCGGACUCCCAACCAUUCUGAUCCUAUGAGGAGCUUCUUGCCGCCGCCGUCGCCACGGAGCACGAGGAUGGAGCAGUCAUCGCAGGAGUCACCUUCGUCUGAGAGCAGGUCGUUUAGGAAGACAGAAGGGCAGAAGCUCGGAGAUUUCUACUCAAACUUGCAUUUGUAUAAUGCUCAGAAGGGGCUGAAGGAUGCCAGGGAUGAUUCUGGAAGGUUCUCCGGUGUUUUUUCUUCUAGUGGAUCACCACGAAUGUUCUCAAGGAGCUCCAGCAGACUUUCAAUCCAGGAUGAUCUUGAUGACAUAGACUUCUCUUGCCCUUUUGCUGUGGACGAUGUUGAUACAUCAGAUUCGCAAUCUAGAAAUCUUGAUGGAAAGGAAGUGCCAGAAUCUUUAAAUUCAUAUAAUUCAUCACACAAGUCACAGGAUGCUGCUGUUGGCGCUCUUGUUCAUAUGCUUAGGACCGCUGCCCCUCUGCGCCAAGAUCAGAGCUAUUUAUGUCAAUCCUCGAGGUCUGAGGUAAAUGCUGAAGUAGGAAAUUCAAGUUUUUUUGUGUCGAGGAAGACAUCUGACGCACUAGAGGAGCUCAAAACUUAUAAAGACAUGAAGGAUAUUCUACUAUCUCAGAGUCGAGUUCAGUUAUUGGAUUCACUAAAGCGAACUACUCUAGAAUAAAAAGACAUUUGAGUGCUAUUUUGAGGGCCAGAUUACCGGUACCAAAUUGUGAAUUAGCUUAAGCUUCUCAGUGGAAAAUACCCAUGUACAGAAAUGGCAUAAAAUUAAGUAAUUGCCAUCUAACACAACUGCAAGCCGCCAAUGGCAUUUCAGUCAAGGUCACCCUCCUCUUGGUUUAUGUUUCAAUGGAUAGAGAGCCCUUGUGGGAUUUGUAAAUAGUAGCGCAUUAUGUAUAUGUUUAGACAACUAUCUGUAACCAUCUCUAGUUUAAUUAUAUGGGUGUUUUGUAUAAUUAAGUGAAUAUUGUGUUUUGGUAUAAUGCCAUGUUGUUGAACUUGAUAACCAAAUUGGUUUCUAUGC